AUGAUUGGGAGCAUCGAUUGCAUGCAUUGGGAGUGGAAGAACUGCCCAACCGGUUGGGUUGAAGCUUACUCGGGUCGUAAAGGAAGACCGACUAUAAUUCUGGAAGUAGUGGCGUCUUACGACACACAUAUAUGGCACGCUUUCUUCGAAACUCCUGGAGCACAAAAUGACCUCAACGUUCUUAGUGCGUCUAAUGUGUUCGAGCGUGUCAUAGGUGGAACUGCUCCUCAGGUUCAAUUUGAGGUCAAUAACAAAAGGUACACCAAUGGUUACUACCUUGCUGAUGGAAUUUACCCUAGGUGGUCUACUUUUGUCAAAACAAUAUCGAACCCCAGAACAGAACAUGAGAAGCACUUUUGCAAAAAACAAGAGGCUUACCGCAAAGACGUGGAGCGGUGCUUUGGUAUCAUCCAAUCACGAUGGGCGAUAUUGUGUCACGGUGCUAGGUUGUUUAAACUAGAAGAUCUUCGAGCCAUCAUGAUAAGUUGUAUCAUUCUUCAUAACAUGAUUGUGGAGGAUGAAUUUGUCGAAGAAGAAUUUGUGGAGCCUGAAGAAGAUGAUUUAAUGAAUCCAUCCAUGGCAACUGUCUACGAUCGACCUGUGCAUCCAGAUACUGGAGAACCUAUUCAGUUCGAACUAGUGGGGAGAGAUGGACAACAUCUUCCUGCAUUUAGGAAUCGCGAAUUUCAAGUAGAGUCUGCCUAG